ACAUUAGCCAAUAAGGGGAUAUUACAGUAUCGCUUCAUGGGUUUAUUUAGACUGAUUCUACGGUUUGACAAGCAGCUGUAAAGAAAAAAAAACAGAAAGAGAAACUCGGGAAGAUUUUAUAGAGGAGCAUUGUGGACCUACGAAUUGUAUUCUUAUCUAAUUUAUAUCUAUCCAUUGCUCUUUAUAUAUUUUGUAUCACUCCUUCUCCUGAAAAUGAAACUUUGGACUUUUCCCUGGCUGCCUUGCCUGGUGAUACUCAUCUUAUGUUUUGGAUCAGAGUGCGGGACUGUCCGGAGAAAGGGGAGAUCCAAAAGGGACUUGGUGCGUAUCAGGGAGGCGAGAGCCACCUUCCCAGGGGCUUGUGCCACACGUCUGCCGCGGGGCAAACGCUCCUUGCCCGGCAUGGAACGACGGGUGCCUCGCCAGCGUCGGCGCUCCUCUCAGGCGGAGGAGAACUCUCCAAGUCGGGUGAAAGCUGUUUAUUUUACCGGCAGGGGAGACCAACUUCGGCUUAAACCGGGCGUGGAGAUACCGAGAGGGAAUUUUACUCUGGAGAUGUGGAUCAAACCAGAGGGAGGUCAACGAUCUCCUACAGUGAUUGCAGGUCUGUACGAUAAGUGUUUCUACGCCUCCAGCGACCGGGGUUGGCUGCUGGGCAUCCGGGCGGUCAGCGAGCAGGGCAACCGUGACCCACGCUUCUUCUUCUCCCUAAAGACGGACCGUGCCCACAAGGUCACCUCCGUCCACUCCAACGCCCACUACCUGCCCAACACCUGGGCCCACCUGGCAGUCACCUACGACGGGCUCUACAUGAAGCUCUACGUCAACGGCGCCCAGGUGGGCGUCAGCCGUGAACAGUCGGGCAACGUCUUCAGCCAUCUGACCAAGAAGUGCAAGGUGCUGAUGGUGGGCGGGAACGCUCUGAACCAUAACUACCGGGGGACUGUGGAGAGGGUAAGUCUGUGGAGGGAGGCCCGGGGACAGAGGCAGAUAAUCAGGGACAUGCAGGGUCACGAAAAUCCUCAAGAUGCACCUCUACUGGUGAUCAGGGAGACCUUUGAACACCCUGCCCGGAAGUGGCUGACGGUGAAGGAUGGGAGCUUCCCCCAGCCAGAGGAGGGUUGCAGCAGGGUGGGGCAGGCUGGAGCAGGGGUAGGAGAAGGUGGAACUGGAGGGUCUCUGGACACUACCCUGGAACCCCCGCCCUGUGGUCAAACUGUCUGCGACAACGUGGAAGUGAUGACCAACUACAACCGCACCUGGACCUUCCGGAAGUCCAAGACGGUACGUUACCGUGUGGUCAACGUGUGGGACGACGCUCGGCGCCGGCCCACCGUCACGCCUCGUCAGAUACACCUGCAGCACCAGCAACUCAACAACGCCUUCGCCAUCUACAACAUCACCUGGGAGCUGAGCGUCCACAACGUCACCAACUCCUCGCUGCGCCACCGUCUGGUCCUGGCCAACUGUGACAUCAGCAAAGUGGGUGACGAGGCGUGCGACCCAGAGUGCAACCACACGCUGACGGGUUUAGACGCGGGUGACUGUAUUAGGCACCGUAGCCACUGCCCUCAGUCCAAGCAGGGCAACGGGGUGUGCGACCCCGAGUGUAAUUGGGACAACUUCUUCUACGACAACGGAGACUGCUGUAACCCCAAUGUGACGGAUGUGACCAAGACCUGCUUCAACCGCUCCUCUCCACACAGAGCCUAUUUGGAUGUAAAGGAGCUGAAAGAGAUCCUGAAUCUGGAUGGCUCCACUCACCUGAACGUCUUCUUUGCCAACUCGUCUGAUGAAGACCUGGCUGGAGUCGCUACUUGGCCGUGGGACAAAGAAGCAUUAACACAUUUGGGUGGCAUUGUUCUGAAUCCCUCCUUCUACGGCACAUUUGGUCACAACCACACCAUGAUCCAUGAGAUCGGCCACAGUCUCGGGCUGUACCACGUGUUCCGGGGGAUCUCAGAGAUUGAGUCCUGUAACGAUGCAUGUCUGGAGACUGAGCCCUCGUUGGAGACAGGAGAUCUGUGUGAAGACACUAACCCCACGCCCAAGUACAAGCACUGCAGAGACCCCGAGCCUGGCAACGACACCUGUGGGCGUCGCCACUUCACAAACACACCGUACAACAACUACAUGAGCUACGCAGAUGACGACUGUACGAACUCUUUCACCUCCAACCAAGUUGCCCGGAUGCACUGCUACCUGGACCUGAUCUACCAGACGUGGCAGCCCGAUCCCAAGCCACCCCCUGUGCCCAUGGCACCCCAAGUGGUGGAGCAAGAGCAUGCCGCCAUUACCCUGGAGUGGUUCCCGCCUAUUUCCGGCCACUUCUACGACAGAGAAGUGGGAUCAGUGUGUGAUAAAUGCACAGAGGGCCGGGUACUGAUGGAAUACGCAUCCAACUCCUUCCCCCGACCCUGCGCCCCCUCUGGACACUGGAGCCCCCGCGAGGCCGAAGGACCUCCAGACGUGGAGCAGGCAUGUGAGCCCAGCGUGCGUACCUGGAGCCCCAACGCCGGCAUCGAGCAGUGGGUUGUGGGGCUGUCUGAGUGCCCCCUGCAGGGUUGCAUGCUCCAGCUGGAGUUCCCCCACCCACUAGUACCCGACUCCCUCACCGUGUGGGUCACCUUCUUCAGCCCCGAGGAGAUGGCCCUUCCCGCCAUCCACAACAUCCUGCUCCUGACCGUCAGUGGAAACAACCUCUCGUUGGGUCCUAGUAACGUGUUCUGUGAUGCGCCGCUGACGCUGAAGCUGGACGUGGAGGAGGAGGUGUACGGCGUGCAGUUCUUCACCAUGGAGCAGCAUCUGGAGAUUGAUGCCACCCUACUGGCGUCCAAGCCUGACUGCCCGCUGUGCCGCCACUGCAAGCCACUCAUCCACCGACUGCUGCGUCAGCCGCCAUUCUCCCAUACCCCCCAUGGCGUGCUGUUGAACAACCCUGCCAGGCGAUACACUGACAGGGACGUGGUACCAGGCAGUGUGUACACCUACCAGGUCCAAACCAUCUCCGCCCGCAGUGAAAGUGAACCGUCUCCACCCCUCACCCAUCAGCUUGGGGCACCAUACUGCGGAGACGGACGCGUCCAGAGGGCCCAGGGAGAGGAGUGUGAUGAUAUGAACUCCAUGAAUGGAGACGGCUGCUCCAGCCAGUGUGAGAAGGAGCCCUUCUUCAACUGUGUCGAGGAGCCCAGUAUGUGUUACUUCUACGACGGGGACGGAGUGUGUGAGGACUUCGAGCGGGAGACCAGCGUGAGGGACUGUGGCCUGUACACCCCCAGUGGGUUCCUGGACCAAUGGGCCACAACCGUACUGGUGUCCCACCAGGAGAGUCUCUACUGCCCAGCCGAGGUGGCCGCCGGCUACCCUGCCGUCACUAAAACAUGCCAGUCCAAGGUAUUUGACCUUUCUGACGGAGUGUCCCAGUACGCCUGGUUCCCCUGCAGAGAGGCCCUGCAGUCCUCCAGAUACCCUCAGUACUGGCUCAAGGCCAACUUCUCCCACCCCAUGGUGGCUGCUGCUGUGAUAAUCCACCUAGCUGCAGAUGGUACGGGCUACAUCGACCAGACGCAGUGCAACAUCACUGUUAAACUGGUGGACACCAAGGAGGUCAUCCACAGCUUAGGCGAUUGGCGUCUGAGCUGCAGGACCAACCCCCUGGUAAUCCCAGUGAGCCAUGACCUGAGUGUGGCCUUCUACCACACCAAGUCCAUCCUGGUCCAGUUCCGCUCCCACCUGGUAGCCAUCUCUGGCGUGGGCCUGCGCUCCUUCCAGUUCUUUGACCCAAUCACCAUCAGCGGGUGCCAGAGCAACGAGAUCUACAACCCCAUGGGUCAGAGCUGUGUCCAUUACUCGUGUGAGGCCAUCGACUGCCAGGAUCCGCUGAUCCGCAAUGCAGAGCUCAAGUGCAGCAGUCUGGGCUUCUUCAACGGAGCUCGCUGCACCAUCACCUGUAACUCUGGCUACGUCCUGCAGGUCCACAGAGACGAUGACAUCAUCAAGACUCAGUCGGACUCAACAGUGACCAUCACCUGUGCAGAUGGAAAGUGGAAUAAGCAGGUGUCGUGUGAGCCAGUAGACUGUGGCCUACCAGACAAGUACCACGUCCACCCAGCCCACUUUAACUUCCCAGAGGGAACUACUUAUGGCAAGAGGAGUACCUUCCAGUGCAGGGAGCCUGCCCAGCUUGUAGGUUCUAACAACACCCUGACGUGUCUGGAGGAUGGUCUGUGGUCGUUCCCCGAGGCGCUGUGUGAGCUGCGCUGUCCGGCAUCGCCCCAUGUGCCCAACGCCAUGCUGCAGACCAAGCGCUGCAACGACACAGGCCUCAAAGUGGGCUCCCUCUGCAAGUACAAGUGCAAGCCGGGCUACCACGUCACCAACAAGCCCAAAAGGCGAGCAUUUAAGCGUCAGUGCACGGAGGACGGCAGCUGGCUGGAGGGGGCGUGCGAACCGGUGACCUGUGACCCUCCGCCCGCCAUCUUCCACGGCAUGUACCAGUGCACCGACGGCUUUCGCUUCGACAGCACCUGCUGGAUCAACUGCCCCAGAGCCAACCACACGGUGAGACCGCUGCACACCGCUCCAUGCAAGCAGGGGCCCAGCACCAAUGUGAUCCGUUGUAGGAAGGACGGCAACUGGACUGGUUCCUUCAAGCUCUGUCCUCAGAGCAAGGGACAGUGCUCUCUACCUCAAAACCUUAACCCUAGCAUACGAGUCAGCUGCAAGAAGGGACAUGGAAUAGGUGAGGAGUGUGAGCUGACGUGCAGGGACAAUAACAGCGACGUGGUGAUCCUGCUUAGCAACAUGACCGCAGACAGCAUGCGCAAGGAGCACUGGAGAAACCCACCCAAAGUCAAGAAUAUAGUGUGUACAAUGGGACUGAAGUGGUAUCCACACCCAGAGGUGCUCCACUGCAUCAAAAGAUGUGAUCCGUUCAUUGGAGACAAUUACUGUGACUCGGUCAACAACAGAGCCUUCUGUAACUACGACGGAGGGGACUGCUGCCACUCCACCGUCAAGACCAAGAAGGUAAUCCCGUUCCCCAUGUCCUGUGACAUACGGGAAGACUGUGCCUGCCGAGACCCCAAAGCUGCAGAGAACAGGAAAGAAGAGCACGUCCACUCCCUGGGCUCUUGUCUUCGACACUGUCUUGUGUCGUCAUCCUCAUCAAUGUCAUUACACAGUCCGGAGACCAGAAACAGUGACUCUCCGAGAAAGGGAUAUGACAGUCUUUACAGAAUGUGACUGCUUCUGUGUCAACAUGUACACAGCCCAUGAUGUAUGGUCUGGCUUUAAGUCUUCUGAUGUGUUCUCUGUACUGGGCAAGGUACUGUUCCAAAGCCAUAAAGCCAGGAUGUUAUGAAAUGAAGUUUCAGAUGUGAUGUUUUGUAUACGAGAACAUCGCCUCUCUACUGUAAGCCACCACAGCAUACCUUCGCUGUACCUCAUGCCUGUAAUGUUUGCUGCUUCUAUAUGUUGGUAUUUAGUGAUAUUUGCGUCUCUUAGCAAUGGUGUAAAUAGUAGAACUAUUUAUUGAGAGUGUGUUAUACUUUUUUAAGUUAUAUUUAAUGUUCAUGUAAAUUAUUUUUUACAUUGCUCUUAUAAACAGACAUAUUGGUUGUGAGUUAAAAACUUCUUUUUUUUCUCUUCCUUUAAUUGUCAUUUUAUUUCUGUCACAAUGCCGUUGUCACAAAGCGCUGGUCAAGGUCGUUGUCUCAUUGGUCACUGGGGUAGAUAGACACUACUCUCGCCCAAUGAGAAUUCCCCACAUGUUUAUGCAGUGCACAAGUAUAAUUUCUUUCAUUUCUAUAUUGCAAAUCCAGAAUGUUCUGUCAUUUUCCACAUUUUAUUUUAUUCGAUAACUCUUCAAUAGUAAACCGAACUUGCUCUAAGGGGAGAACCUAUAUCAUGUUGAAGUAGGUAGAUCCAUACUCAAUGAACUCUGAGGAGUGGUCAGGCAAUCGGGGGGUGCUCCAGGUGGGUUGAUGAUAGAGGGGCUAGAGAAGGGGUGGGAUGGGUGGAGGUGGGCUGCUUUUCCUGGCGAUCCUGGGUAUUUGUCCAGGUGUAAAAACUGUGUACACACAGGGCUGCCCCUGGGCCAGGACCGAUGAGUCUAAGUUUCUCUUGGAGACGGCGGCUGUUCACUGCAGCACUCCCCUCCUGACACUCCGGGCCAUCCGUCACUGUCAGGCAGAAGAAACGGCAGGCUGGCGUAGCGGUCAGGUCGGAUAGGGAAUGCCUUGGAGGUGAGGUGGGCCGCAUGGAAGAGCAGGGAGGAGGGAGAACUGGAAUACUACCUAACAUAUGAGCCCUAGUGCAGCAGGUUGAGGAACUGCUCUGUCCUUCACUGUCAGACCAGAGGAGUAAAAUACAUUUGAAAUGCAUGGCAGAGAGUCCGUUUCAAUGUCUUUACAUUAGUGGUGGAAAAAGUACCCAAUUGUCAUACUUGCGUAAAAGUAAAGACACCUUCAUAGAAAAUGACUCAAGUAAAAGUGAAAGUCACCCUGUAAAAUACUACUUGAGUAAAAGUCUAAAAGUAUUUGGUUUUAAAUAUACUGAAGUAUCAAAAGUAAAAGUAUAAAUCAUUUACAAUUCCUUAUAUUAAGCAAAUCAGAUGGCACCAUUUGCUUUUUUUUUACGGAUAGCCAGGGGCACACUCCAACACACAAAUGAAGCAUGUGUGUUUAGAGAGCCAGAUUAGAGGCCGUAGGGAUGACCAGUAAAAAGUACAUUAUUUUCUUAGGAAUGUAGUGAAGUAAAAGUUGUCAAAAAUAUUAAUAGUAGAGUACGGAUACACAAAAAACGACAUAAGUCGUACUUUAAAGUAUUUUUUACUUAAGUACUUUACACCACCGCUUUACAUAGAGUAGACAUAACUUAUUUUAGUCCAUUAUUGUGAAUGGGAGGGGAUUCUCACAAACACAAACUAGCUACAAACCAGACAUGAGUAAACAGUUGAAAUUCUGUGGUGUUAGCUAGCUUUGCUAAAAGCAGUAAACUUUAUUCAAGUACCUCUCACAGGCUCCUGAUUAAAGAAUGGUCCACUUGUGUUAAUUUCUUAUUCCCACGCACAAAAAUGAAUGGUCCUUUUCUAAGUGGAAAGUAUAAAAUCUAGUAUAUACAUAUUAUGUGGAUAUUUAGUGGAAUUAUUGCAAUGUUUCGUACCCGAUUGUUCAGCAUAUAUAUUUUAAGAUGUAAAUUAUAUUCUAUGAUGAUUGUAUUUGCAAAACCAUGUAUUAUCUGUUUGGGGUAGCUCUUGGAUUUUUACCAGAGGCAUUAUAAGAAAAAUACAUUGUGCAUUGUCUACCAUUUGAAGUACCACCUGAAAGUACAAAAUAAUACUAAUACCAUAAUGCACAGGCUUUAUACAAACACUGUUGUCAAUUGUCUUAAAACAGUCAUAUACAAAAUCAAACGUCAUUUAUUUGUUGUCAAGAUGAAUAAAGCGUCAUGUGGUCAGUU